AAAUAAUAGAUAUGAUAUAGGUUAUUUUGUUGAAUAAAACAUUUUUCUAAGGUUUAUAUCUUCAGAAGAAAGUAUAAUGGAGUAUCGAGUUAGCAAAAAAGAACAAUACUUUUUCCACAACAAUUUAGUAUGUGUAGUGAAAGCAUUAGAGGGCGUUUACACAACAAUUGAUCUCAGGAAUGACCGCUAUGUUACUGGAAAAAUUGUUAGGGUAGAUGGUUGGAUGAAUGUCGAUAUGAUAGAUGCUGUUUUUUGUGAUAAUAGAGGGAGUUAUAGGACGUUUUCAGAUUUCUUCGUCAAAUCUAGAAGCAUCAGAUACGUUCACAUUCCAAAAGAAUAUCCAGCAAUGGAGUUGAUAGAGAUGCAUCUUGCAGGAAUGAAGAGAGUGAAACCAAAGAAGAAACCAGUCACUUUCAAAAGAAGUAGGGCACAGAAAUAUCAGAAAGAGACGCUGCAAUCCCUUGCUUCCGCAGAAGCCCAACCAGGAACGUCUAAAGAUCCUUGAAAGAAUGUUUCUGAAAAUGUGAUCAUGUUAUUAUACAAUUCUGUUAAAUGAUGAUUAUGUGGGUACUAGUAAAGAUAACAUGGCCAUGGGAUAGACAUACGUAACAACGGAGUCAUUUAGAACGUGAAAGCGGCGUUUUCCUAUCUCAUUUGCAUAUUUUUUAAAUGUUGUGCAACGAUUUUGAGAAAUAGCUACGAUAGUAGUCUAGUAGAGUAUAUUUCAAUAGUUGUCUUGCGUGACCAUGUUAUCUUUACUGGGCCAUUAUGUGAUCAGAGAAAAAUCAAGGCUGUUACUAGGAUUUUUUGUGAAAUAUCUAACUAUUAAAACC